AUGUCUGAAUUGUCUCAUCCCUCAAUCAAAGAUGGUUGGUUCGCCGAAAUCAGCGACACCAUGUGGCCCGGCUCUGCCAUGUCCUUGAGAGUGGAAAAGGUCUUGUACGCUCAGAAGUCCAAAUACCAGGACGUUCUCGUUUUCAAGUCGACAGACUACGGCAACGUACUCGUGUUGGACAACUGCAUCCAGGUCACCGAGCGUGACGAGUACUCGUACCAGGAGAUGAUCACCCACUUGGCCAUGAACUCCCACCCAAACCCCAAGAAGGCGUUGGUGAUUGGUGGUGGAGACGGUGGUGUGUUGAGAGAGAUCUUGAAACACUCGACCAUCGAGGAGGCGUGGUUGUGUGACAUUGACGAAGCGGUCAUUGAGGUUUCCAAGAAAUACUUGCCAGGAAUGUCCAAGUCGUACGAGGACCCUAGAACUAAGGUUCACAUUGGCGACGGCUUCAAGUUUUUGGAGGACUACAAGAACACUUUCGAUGUCAUCAUCACUGACUCGUCGGACCCUGAGGGCCCUGCAGAGUCUCUUUUCCAGAAGCCUUACUUCGAGUUGUUGAAGGGCGCCUUGACCGAGAAGGGUGUUAUCACCACCCAGGCUGAGAGCAUCUGGUUGCACAUGGACAUCAUCUCCAAGUUGAAGAAAGACUGCAAGCAGAUUUUCCCCGUGGCUGAGUAUGCCUAUACCUCGAUCCCAACGUACCCCUCUGGUACCAUUGGGUUCAUGGUGUGCUCCAAGGACCCUAACGCCAAUGUGAAGAAGCCCUUGAGGUUUGAGUGGGACGACAAGUUUGUCGAUGAGAACUUGAAGUAUUACAACGCCAAGGUGCACGAGGCCUCCUUUGUGUUGCCUCAGUGGGCCGACAAGAGGUUGAAUAGAGAGUAA